CCAUCUUAUUUAUUAUUUACGUACAUAUAUGAUAUAUGCCAACUCCCCCUCCCUCCAUUCCCAUCAGACAGCGUAAGAAGGAUGAGAGAGAGGCUGGAAAGAUGUGUACUUCUUCCCUUUUCUCUGGGAUGCAUCUCCGAGUCCAGUGUUGUGGUUCGUCGUCCAGACUGCCACAUCAAGAGAUCAUCAGACCCCCAACUCUCACCCCCCUACCAUUUAACAACUCCUACAAGGACCAAAGAAGGGAGGGAGAAAGAGGACGAAGAAGAAGAUGAUGAUGAAGAUGUGCAGUCACUGCCCAGGUUUCAGAGACUCUUUAAGAAUUUCAAGAACUUCUCUCAGUUACUCUUGUACAAGGAAGAGGACGACGAAAUUGGAGAUGAGGAAAUACCGAUAAUGGAAGGCGGAGGCGGCAUGGAAAUCGGAUUCCCAACCGAUGUGAAGCACGUAACUCAUAUCGGCUUUGACGGCGCUGCAACUUCCAUACUCUCCGUGAACUGGAGGCAGCCGACCGCCGACGUCGACUUCUUCAGCACCGGAAAUGAUUCUCCUCAUCCUCCUCCGGCCGUCGCAAUGGUGGCUGCGCCUGGUGGUACGGCGGCAUGAGGGUUAUACUAUUGAAUAUUGAUAAUGAGAAUACACUACCCUCGAGCAACGCUCCCGGAUUCCUUUGCCGGAAGAAGUUAAUCGAUCGAUCUCCUCAACUGUCUAUUAUACCAAUGCCAAAUCUGUAAACUGUUAUUAACCUCCCCAUGGCUUAUUGAUUGAUAGAUGGAUGAACUCAUCACUUUCCCCAUUUGGUUUCGUGUUUUUAGUGUAAUAACUAAAAUUUCCCCCCAAAAAAAUGACUGUAUUUUCCCUUA